GCCGGCGCGGGGCCAAUGGCGGCGGGCGGGGCGGGGCGGGCGCGCGGGGCCCUGCGCGCGGCUCCCGCGCCCGCGGGGUCAGGCGGCGGCGGCGGCGGGAGCGGAGCGCGGAGCCCCCGCAGCGCUGCCCCCGCAGCGGCCCCGCCCCGCGCCCCGGCCGCGAUGGAGCGCGGCGCGGCCGCGCUGAUCCGCGAGGGCUGGUUCCGAGAGACCUGCCGGCUCUGGCCCGGCCAGGCCAUGUCGCUGCAGGUGGAGGAGCUGCUGCACCACCAGCGCUCCCGCUACCAGGAGAUCCUCGUGUUCCGCAGCACUACCUACGGCAACGUCCUGGUCCUGGACGGGGUGAUCCAGUGCACGGAGCGGGACGAGUUCUCCUACCAGGAAAUGAUCGCCAACCUGCCCCUCUGCAGCCACCCCGACCCCCGCAAGGUGCUGAUCAUCGGCGGCGGCGACGGGGGAGUGCUGAGAGAGGUGGUCAAACACCCCACCGUGGAGUCCGUGGUGCAGUGCGAGAUCGAUGAGGAUGUGAUCCAGGUAUCCAAAAAAUACCUCCCAGGCAUGGCAGUGGGAUAUUCCAGCGCUAAGCUGACCUUGCAUGUGGGAGAUGGUUUUGAGUUCAUGAAACAAAAUCAAGAAGCCUUUGAUGUGAUUAUCACGGACUCGUCUGACCCCAUGGGUCCUGCAGAAAGCUUAUUCAAAGAAUCUUACUACCAGCUGAUGAAGACAGCCCUGCGAGAAGAUGGGAUUCUCUGCUGCCAAGGUGAGUGCCAGUGGCUGCACCUGGAUCUCAUUAAGGAGAUGCGUCAGUUCUGCAAGUCUCUGUUCCCGGUGGUGGAAUACGCCUAUUGCACCAUCCCCACGUAUCCCAGCGGCCAGAUUGGCUUCAUGCUCUGCAGCAAGAACCCGAACACGAAUUUCCGGGAGCCUGUGCAGCAGCUCUCGCAGCAACAGGUGGAGGAGAGGAGUCUGAAAUACUACAACUCUGACAUCCACCGGGCAGCCUUCAUCCUGCCCGAGUUUGCACGGAAGGCGCUGAGCGAUGUGUGAGACUGAGAAGCUGCUUCCUUCCUUCAAGGUGGACCCUGAGAUCGUCAGUGAUGUGGUUGGGACCUUCCCAGCAGACUGCAGAUUUGCUCUCCACUGUGUGGGAUUGUUUAACCCGUUUGCCAGCCAACAUUCCCUUUGAUGUGUAACAGAUGAUGGGGCACAAGCCAGAUAAGACUAUUGAAAAGGUCCAGUGACUUAUUGCGUGAGGUCAAAACUGUUCUUUCCAGUGCUGGAAACGUAAGGUGUCUUCUUCCUUUCUCUCCUCCCUGCACCCACCCUGAAUCCCCCAUCCCUGCGCCCCCGUCCCACCUCCACCCCCAACUGACAUGAUGUAUUUAUAACUGACACAUAUUUCUGUCUGGUGAUCUGGGAAGAGUCCAAAGGGUCCCUGACUCGGCCUUAAGCAGAGUGAGAGCUCUGUGCACGGUGAGCUUCGCUCUCUCCUCGUGGGAGCUCCCUGCUGCUGAGACGUUUGACUGGUAACGGGUCUGAGCCUCCGUGUCCCUCUGCCCUCCUGUGACACCUGCACUGCUCUGCAGCACGGCUGGAGAAGCCACAGUGCAAACUGUUGCCAUUCACAAUAGGUCUCCCUCCAACCCUGAUGGAGUAGCAGUAUUAAACACCAGCCAGGCAGGCUGGCAGCAAA